AUGGGGCGCGAGGCAUCCAAACGCGUGUUGUCGCGACUUGGCGACGGCGACGGCGACGGCGACAGCGACAGCGACAGGUCACAGUCGACGACAGGCGAGGAAGCAGGCGAAGACAGCUCUGGGUCGUCAGACGCCAUGACGCACAUUGCCAAGCUGGCGACGCCCUUGAGCCCAAGGAGACUCGAGGCACCGUGA